AGUUUUAUUUCAAUGGUAAUUAUUUCAAUGAUAAGAUUUAGCCAACAAACAUUUCUAGAUAAUUUUACUAUAACGUAAGCGAUUGAAAAGACGGGCUUGUAUUUCUCGCGAAUAUUCAUUUUCUUUAUUUUGGUAUUGACAAAAGAUAUGAAUACAUGUUAUUCUUCUUAAUUCAACUUAUUGAUUUAUAUACUGCAUAUGGAUACAUAGGAAUAACCUUUCUUUGUUUCUUUUCUUUUCAACAAAUUAUUUUUCUUUGUGAUUUUUUUUUUGGUAUGUUUACGCUUGGUGAUUUACAAUGACUGUCUAGGAAAAAGAGAUAUGUAUUGAAUGCGUACUAAUCGUAGCUCCAGAUGUAUAAACAUCGCGGCUACACGAAAUGUUUAAGAUACUUCGGCAAAAUGAGACAGGAGAAAGAUUUCGGAAAUUCGUGAUGUAGCGGGGCUUAUCAUCCACCCUUUUUUUCAGCUGAUGAACUAUGGCCGCCAGACCGCAAUAAAUGUCUCGAUUUUGAUGCGAGAUGACCACGCGCGCCACAGUCGUCUGCUUCAUUCUUCCCCCGCCAAAGCUAGAUGUGCACUUCUACAAACUAUGCAAAAUGCAAAAUAAAGCGGAGCCUUAUUCAUCAGUUUCCGAGAGAGCAGGAUAUUUCAUGUUUGUUCUGUUGCUUCAGUUGUUAAUUUUUUCAGGUACCACUGCUGAAGGUGACGUAUUUCCUGAUUGUCCUAGCCCUGUUCAGAAGUACGCAUUCCAAUGCUUUACCAGCUACAACACCCAGAUGUUAAACAUGAUCAAAAGUAGUGCUACGCUGUUCUCAGGGGUGGAUGUAGAAAUUUUGCGGGCGUUCUGCAGUUCUUACAAUCAAGCCAUGGAUUGUAUAGAAAAUAUGAAGAGACUCUGUCCCGUCUCUCUUCACCGAAAAAUUGAGGUGACCCAGAUGAAUUUGGAAGGCGCCAAACCAGAGCUAUCUGCCUUGUGCAAUGAUGACAACAUUUAUGAACGUUACGCUCGUCACAUGACUUGUUUUCGAGAGUAUGGAGCAUAUUCAGAAAGAUGCUUUGAGAAGGAGAUGAAUUCCACGAUUCGCCUAAUGCAGUGGAUCAGCGAGGACGAUUUCUAUCAGCUUUGUAGCGAUCUCUCUAGGACUCUGGAUUGCAUUAAGUCCAAAAUAGCCCGAACAUGUGGACCGGAAGCUGUUCAGCUUGUACCCAUUCUGGUGAAGCCCAUGGUCCGGAAGAGCACGAAGUGUGACGUGUUAUCUUCAAUAAUCUCCGAAGCCACCCCGCCCCUCCCUACACGGAGACGACCAUACAGACAGAAAACCAGUACACGUACACCAAUUCCCGGACCCCUCGUCACAUCGGACAUGGAUACAUCAGAUGACAGUCACGUGAUUUACGCGGAUUCAUCCGGCAUAACCCGUGCCCAUCAUCCCGAUAGUUAUACAACAACCAUCUGCCUAAUACUGUUGACAUUAGGUUUCAUCACAGAUUAAUUCAACCUGAUCCGUUUCACGUAGAAUGGAGAGUGCAUGGCUCCCACGAAAGCUUUGAGAAUUCCAUAGGUACAGAUAGUCAACAAUUUGACGGGCGCCGUUCCACGACUCAUUAUCUUCCGAAACCCAGGAUGAGAAACUGUUGUCUUCUUAGCAAAUUAUACGUUUUGUUAUUCGUUAUUUUACAAUGAAACACAAACAUAUCUCCUCUGUAUAAUCAACGCGUGUUAAUUGCAUUCUGUGAUACACAAAUACAUUCCAAACAACGUCUUACAACCUAUAGAUCUAAUUAGUACACCAUCACGCAGCGGGAAAUACAUACAUAUAUUUUGUUGGAGAAAAAAUGAACAAUCAAGAAUGGAAUGCUCCUUCAUCGGUGGGUGAAAUUACCCUUAAGCAAGAUUUGGUUAUAGUAGAGAAACCUUUACACGUUUUGUUUGUAUAAAACUAGAGACCCGAAUGUGUUGUGAUUUCCCUUAUUGAACUACGAUCCCGAACACAGGAAAUGGUCAAUCAUAUAACUUUUUACAAUGAACAUUGGGUAACAAAAUGUUUUGUAUUUCAAUAAUUAGAAACAAUAUUUUACUGUUGUGGAGAGAAUAUGGAUUAGUAAGCGCAUAUCUUCAUUAAAGAGAGGUAUAUUGCUGCAAA